AUGUGGGCGCUAUUCGAAAGAAAAGUCGAAUGGAGCGCUCUUCACUCGGCUCACGCUUUUCAUCUUGAUAAGUAUACUAUAGAUAGUUUGUUCCGUAGCGAUUCCUUGGCGAAAUCGGGGCAGUUGCACUUGGGGGCUCGGCACGGGUACACGAGCGGCACCGCUGUGCGGCAAGGCGAGUUGAGCUGGGUGUCGCCGGUUUGUUCGGGACUAUUCGUAGCGCUCUCUGGGCGUUUAGUACAGAGACAGUGUUCUGGAUGGAACGGUUUUGCGGCCGCACCGAGGCGUAGGCGUCGCGGCCAGCGCUGCGUUCUAAGCGUCAAUCAACCUAAGGAAGAGCCGUCACCGCAACGAGCGCCACCUGCACACCCAGCGCCAACGCUACAUCAGCCGCAGCCGCUGCCACUACAGCAGCAGAAUCAGCAGCAACCUCAACAGGCAACGGUGAACGCGUCACCGCUGUCGCUGUCGCCUUCGCUGCAGCAAGCGGAACAGCACUCGGCGCCCAAGUCGAGCACAACCCGCGUGCCAGCCUACAGCGCUCCGGUUGAACAGACCUUCCCAAGCCCAGACACCAGUACUGGCGAGCCUCUGAAAUCUGAAAAGAAUGGGAACACGUCUGCAACAGGGAAACAUGCUUGCGAAGCCGAUGCUACGCUGGACGCUAUCUCCGCUAAAGUGAUGCGAGAAAUCCUGGGACCUCUCGUUGCUUAUCUGGGCCCAGUGCCGUGCUUCAGCAUUGAGCAGGCAUUAAGUUUUGUGCUUAAGAGUCGCGCCGCCAAGGGAGAACAUGUGUCUGAAGCUAGCCUCGAGCGCGCCACCGGGAUCACGAGUAUUCUCGCAGAACUCCAAAUGGAUAGCGAUACGAUUAUCGCGGGAAUCUUGACGGAGCUCGUGGAGAGUGGCGUUGCAUCCCUGGCCUCCAUCGCGGAGCAGUUUGGCAAUGCUGUUGCGCGCCUCAUUGAGGGCGAGGCAAAAGUCAGCCGCCUACCUGAAAUGGCCGAGAGUCCGAUAGCUGAUGAAAACGUUGAAAACCUACGCCAAAUGUUCAUCGCCAUGGCUUCCGAUUUUCGUAUCAUCGUUAUCAAGCUCGCAGCUCGCCUGCACACCAUGCGAACACUGCAGACGCUCCCAGCAGAGCGCCAACGACGAAUCGCUCGGGAAACACUGGACAUCUUUGCACCGCUAGCGCACCGCCUAGGAAUCUGGUCAGUGAAGAGCCACUUGGAGAAUCUCGCCUUUCUCUAUCUCUACCCCGAAGAGUACCGGAAGAUUCGGUCUCAUAUCGAGGGGCGCAUGCCCUCCUACAAACGGAUUCUGGAGGAGAGCAAAGCGCGCCUCGAGCAUGCGCUGAGCAGCGAUCCAAUCCUCAGGCGCACGGUUAGUCGUAUUGAGGUUGCAGCGCGUUCCAAGGAAAUCUAUUCCAUUUGGCAGAAACUACAACGCGGACGCGCACAGCGCCUGGAUCAUAUAUACGACCUGGUUGCGUUGCGGGUGACGAUUGAUCCGCGCGAGGACCUGUCCGUAGUCGGCACGAGCGGUACAAAUGAAAUGGAUCGAGAUGAGGCCGAGAAAACGCGGCUCCGCGAUGACGAGAAUGGGCUCUGCUAUUACGUGCUCGGUAUCGUCCAUCAACUGUGGCACCCCGUUCCCGGACGUGUGAAGGACUACAUCGCUUUUCCGAAACCGAAUGGCUAUCAGUCACUGCACACCACGGUCGUGGUAGACAACGGCUCCGAUCAGGCACCGCUCGAGGUUCAAAUUCGAACCCGGGCGAUGGAUCGCACAGCAGAGUACGGUAUGGCUGCACACUGGUACUUCAAGGAACAUGACCAACUGACGGCCGCCGCGUCCAACUCCUGGUUAACGAGCAUUCAAGAGUGGAAUCUGGAUAUCCAGUCUUCUCACGAAUUUGUGGAACUUGUAAGACGCGAAUUGCUCGGCAACCGGGUUUUUGUGUUCGUGAACGAUACGAAUACCGAGAACGCGACCCGCAUCCUGAAUCUACCUCGAGGGUCCACGGUGGUGGAUGUUGCAUUCGCGAUCAGCGCAGAUGCCGGGUACCGCAUGAUCGCGGCGAAAGUGAAUGGCUCGAUGGUACCCAUGAACUACGUUCUCCAAAAUGCGGACAUGAUCCAGAUCGUGCGGAGCAAGUACUCACCAGGUCCCAGCUUGGAGUGGGUCCAGUACGCGAAGACGAGGCUUGCGCAGCAUGCGCUGCGGCAGUUUUUCGCCCGUUGGCAAGGUGAGACGGAGCUUCCAAAACAUUUUACGAGUGCUGCGGAUCCGGACCUCGAGUCUGGGAGUAGCGCAAACGACAAGAAUGGUGAGCCAGGUAUCGACGGGAACUCGUCGAAAGCGGCUUCUAAUGAGGAACGCCAGUUCCGCUGGGAUCGUUCACAGCGCAGCGAAGACGCCGUGAACAGCUUCCUAAGUAGCAUGAAGCCAGAAGACCUUCUCGAUGAUAUGUGCUUACAAAUCUCGCCUGCUCAACUCGUUUUCGAGGACGGACUCGAAAUCGCUUCCGCGUCCAUGGCGCGCUGCUGCCUGCCUCUGCCGAGCGACAAAAUUUUCGGUGUCAUCGCAGACGGUGCCAGUCAGGUGGAAAUUCAUCGACAGGGAUGCGCAGUAGGGCAGCGCGCCCUAGUGCAGACCAGCGGCGCGCGCAAACUCUCCGUCCAGUGGCAGAGCCCAGCGCGUAGCGGGACCACGCGUGCAGCACGGCUUCCCGCUUGUCUGAAAGUGACCUGCAUUGAUCGAAAUGGCCUUCUCAGCGAUGUCAGUCGGGCAGUUAUUGAAAAAGGCAUCACAAUUCUGUCGACCCGAAGCACCUCUACGCAGAACACAGCUUACCUGGAGUACUGCGUUGCUGUCAUCAAUCGAACUGAACUUGAUUCCUUAUGUGCCGCCCUGCGCGAUAUCCCUGGGGUUGUCACCGUGGAAGACGGCUUGGCGCCGCACGUCUAA